CCGCUCUCCGUCUCUUUCAGUCUAACCUAACAUUCAUCGCGACAAUACGUGUGUUUGUUUAUUAAUAUAUACUAAACUCUGUGGUGAUCUGAUAUUAACAUUAUAUUAGAAGAAACUCACAAUGUCCCAGCUAAGGAUAUGCGGUGUAACUCUGACUUCAGCGUGGCUACUUACUGUCUUUUUCUAUAUCAUCGACAAGAGUAUGGCUUCUCUAGACGGGUAUAUCCCCGGGGAGGACUACCCUAUAUACGAGGAGGUACCCAAGGGGUUGUCCUUCACAUGCAACGACAAGAUUCCUGGGUAUUACGCGGACCCGGAGACCAUGUGUCAGGUUUGGCAUUGGUGCGUGCCUGGUAUAGGCGGCAAUAUCAUGUACUCUUUCAUCUGCGCUCCGGGCACCGUCUUCAACCAGCAGUCCAGGGUUUGCGACUGGUUUUUCAAGGUGGACUGUCCCAGCUCGCCAGCGUAUUACGGCAUCAACGAGGACCUAUACAAAGACGAAGCCGGAAACUAUAUCGCUGGGAAGAAGGGCAAUUCGUUCAACAACGAAUACAACAAAAGAAGACUGAUCGCCAGAAGGAAGCGACUGUCGACCGUCAGAAGAGUGCGGAGUUACUAAAUGACAAAUUGGGCAGUGGCCACACUUGUAUCGAAAACAAAAAAAUAUAUACUUAAUAUGGGGCUUGUAUGACAGGUGGACACAAGUGACGUCACAAAUUGUAGUAAAAAAAGUGUUUUAAUUAUAAUAUGCUGAAGAUAAUAAAAACAAUUGAAAAUCAAUAUCACUGUCCGAUCAGGCCGUGCGAGAACUGAAAGGCUGUACACAAAAAAAUACUAAAUGUUAUUACAAAUAAAAUUGAUCAAUUAGAGUAACAUUUGAUUAUCAUGUUUCAUUAUGUGAAUGCAUUUAUACUUUUUACUUUAUACUCGGGCAACUAAGUCCAUUAGUCCGCGGCAGAGAGCCUAGUAAAAGAAAGUGUAUUUUUAUUCGUUUCUACAACAUUGCUCUUUAUUUAUGUCAGGCGUUUUUGUGAUUUUUGUUUUUUUUAAAUAUAUUUUCAUUUCAUAUCAAUAAAGCCUAAACAAUUUU